AUGUCGACCCCCAAGUACCACGGCAUCGAGGCUAAUUUCCUCAGCCUGAAAAACAUGCAAAAGCUUCCCACGGAAAGCGAAGAACGAAAACGAAAGAUAAUCAGGAGAUGUAAUUGGUACAUGUUUAGCUCUACCCUAAUUAGGGGGCCCGAGCUCCAUGAUAAUUUUGACUUCUUUACGUUGUGUAGGAAUGUUGAAGCAAAUUGCCCCCCUGAACAGGAGAAGCCGAAUCAAAAGCUAGCAGAGGAACCUCCCACAGAAGCUUUUCUAGCCAAAUAUCAUAAACCGUAUUUCCAAGGAACUAUCGCAUGGCACGCGAGACAAGAUACUAUAUCUGUUGAGCAGAUCCACAAGCUCCUUGCCGAUGCCUGGGAGAGAUGGCAACAUGUCAGUAUCAAGGCAAAGCAACUUGAGGAGGCCAUCGACGAAAUCCCAAGGCCGGAGCUUAUCACGAAAGUGGUGUGCCUGGGACUCGGCCGUAUUAUUGCAAGAAGGCCUCAUCAUUCCGAGCCUCAACCGGCGGAGGAGGACUUCGAUAACAUGGUUUACCCACGAAACAUCGCUCAACACAUCGCCGCGAUUGCCAUCGUCAAGCAGCUAGAGAAAAAGACGGGCAAGCCGAGACGCCUCUACACAGCGGAUCCGGAAUACGGAAUCCAACACAAGGUGGCCCUUGAGACAUUUCCAUAUGGAAAAUUCACCGUUCUAGACCCGAGUUAUGGUAACCACGAACAAUUUGCCAUUAUUGACGACUCUACCCUAGUAUUUAACAUGGCAAGCCUACCACAAUGUCCGACCAUGCGCAUAAUUCAGGAAUACGCUCGACCAGUCGCUAUUAUUACGAGAGAGAUACCCCGAGAAGGAAAGUUCCAGGACAGACUCUGGUUUGAAGUUACGGAGGAGAACGGUAACAAAGUCCAGAUACCCGGUUGCGCUGACUUACCAAUGCCCGACGGUUGCUCCGAAAUAGGUGGAUUGUGCCCGAAGCGCGUUCGUGAUAUGAUACUUUACGAAUAUAAUAUCGAGGAAAGUUUCCCGGCAGAAGGGGAUAAGAGCCAGUAUCUGUGGGGUGAAUGCGACCUCGUAGAUUAUAAAUCUCGCGAUGUAUUCAAUACGAAUGUCGGUGGUUAUUGGUGGUCGCAUACUCGACUCUAUGCUCGUAAAUCUGGUUUGGAAUACUUGAAGGGAAUGUACUCGGGGUAUGUGGAGCGGGUUAAGGAUGUUCUUGAGCACGCGCAAUUAAGCAAGAUUACGUAG